AUGACCUUAACCCUGACAGUGUCAACAGUGUCAACAGGUGGGUUCACUAGGACUGGCUCAGUCCCUGACCGUGACCUUAACCCUGACAGUGUCAACAGCUAUGUGACGUGCAGUAAGGACGGCAGUAUCAAGCUGUGGGACGGCGUGUCUAACCGCUGUGUGAUGACGUUUGAUAAGGCCCAUGAUGGGGCGGAGGUCUGCUCCGCUGUCUUCUCGAAGAACUCCCAAGCACGUCCUCUCCACCGGGAAAGACUCUGUCGCCAAACUGUGGGAGAUCUCCCACGGGCGCCCCUGGUCAAAUACACAGGUGCUGGUCUGAGUGGUCGUCAGAUGCAUCGUACCCAGGGUGUGUUCAACCACACAGAGGACUAUGUUCUGCUGCCUGAUGAGAGAACCAUCUCUCUAUGCUGCUGGGACUCCCGAUCUGCAGAGAGGAAGAACCUUCUGUCCCUGGGUCACAACAACAUAGUCCGCUGUAUCGUCCACUCCCCCACCAACCCAGGGUUCAUGACCUGUAGUGAUGACUUCAGGGCCCGCUUCUGGUACAGACGUACUACCACCGACUGAGACCCCUCUGUUGUACCUCUGACCCCUCUGUACCAACACACUACCACAGAGCCCAAACAAAAUCCCUCGCCACUGAGGAAGCCCCCAUUGACGAC